GUUCUACGUUCUAGGGAUUUUUCUAGGGACUGUCGGUAAAGUUUUCAACGCUAGCAUCAACGAAACAUCUUUUUCGUACAAAUACGGUAAUUUUAUGAGAAAAAUACAAGAAUAAAGUUAUACUUAAGAUGCGUCUUACAAGUAUAUUGCUUUACAAAGUUCAUAAUAUUCCAUAUCGAUUCCGAGGGAAGCAUGGGAAAAUUAAAAAGCCUACUUUUAAGGAUAUAAUACUAUUUAAACAAGAUAUUGAGAGAGAAGAACAAAAUAUGUUGUUACUAAGACAUCCGUAUUUAACUAGCGAACAGACCCACGGUCAUAUGAAAGAAGUUACAUUACAAAAAAGGAUUGAUUUUAUAACUGAAAAGCGUGAAGCACUAAAUCAAAAGUUUAACAAAGAAAUUACAAUCGCAGAUCGAUUAAACCAUUUGAAAGUACGGGAAGCCUGGGAUUAAGGUUUUCAUUAUAGUUGCAAUAAUAGGUUUUAUUAAAAUUGAUUAAUAUGAUUAAUAUUGUAGUCUCUUGUUGUAAAAGUUCCAAAAGAUAAAUAAGAAACUGUAUUUGUCUAUCAUUCAUGUUAAUCAAAGUUUCAAUGUAUAGCAGACAUUUUUUUUAUUUAUUGCACAUGUGAAGUUAUAUGAAAAUAUAAUAAAAAUAUAAUUGUAAUAUCAAAAUAAUAAAGCCGAGACAGAUAAAUGCUUGUUCCCUUAAACACUUUCAACUUGUAGACUUGUUGUAGAUUCAAUUUGAAAACGAUUUAACAGA